UGCCAGACUGUUUGGCAAUAAGAACUGGAGUGAUCCCUGUUGAAAUUUGAGGUCGGAGGUUUCAGUAGCUGCUACAUAAUCUUCAUACUCGGGGGGCCACUUUGUAAUGUGGAUCUUUACGAGCAGGCCCAGUCACUGAAAAAGAACAAGGAAGGUUUUAAGGACUUUUCCCAGCUUGUCAGUGACCAGUAGGUUUGCAGUAAGGAGUCAAAAUUACAAUGAAAACGGCCUGAAGAAGAAGGAUUUCACCCCACCUUGGGCAGCUCCUUUUGCAAUAAUCAAAAACUGUGGUGGUGACUCACUAUUAUGAAAUAUGGACGAAGGUUCAGUUGACAGCCCAGUCAUCCUUGUCAUCAAGGCCCCCAACCAAAAGUACGAUGAUCAAACCAUAAAUUGUUUCUUGAACUGGACGGUAGAGAAGUUGAAAAAACACAUCUCUAAUGUGUAUCCUAGCAAGCCGUCUUCUAAAGAUCAAAGGCUGGUCUACUCAGGACGGCUUCUACAGGAUCACCUGCAACUGAGAGAUGUCCUCAGAAAGCAAGAUGAGUACCACAUGGUUCACCUGGUGUGUGCCUCUCGAAGCCCUCCGGCCUCUCCCACAACCCCCAGCACCCCUGGCUCCUCUGAGUCCACUUCAAAUUCAGACAGCGCUGGCAUUUCCUCAUCAGCCACCACACCUAAUCAGGAUGGCCCAGCCACAUUCACCACCACGAACUCUGAGGGGCUGAGACAUCGAGCUACUGCAGCACAAGCAUCUGUCCUCAACCCAGCUUCUGCAGACACCAUGCAACGACCUGGUGGGAUUCCGUUACCCAUGCAGGCCGGUCCAGCGGCUGGUAUCCCUGCCCAUCCGAUGUACAUGCCCAUCCAAAUACUAUGGUGGCAGCAGAUGUAUGCUCGACACUACUACAUGCAGUAUCAAGCAGCAAUGGCAGCUUCACAGGCCUCUAGCACAGCUGCUGCUCCGCCUUCACCUCGCGCCGGCCCCUCCCCACAACCAGUUCAGCCCAAUGAACCCGCGGCACCCAUGGGGCCCAACCCCGCCCCUAACCCGAUCCCCGAGGACCGGCCUGCCAAUCCCAACAUCCAGAUGAACGCUCAGGGAGGAGCCGUGCUGAACGAGGACGAGCUGAACAGGGAUUGGCUGGACUGGAUGUACACGGUGUCUCGCGCUGCCAUCUUGCUCAGCAUCGUCUACUUCUACUCCUCUUUCGGUCGCUUCGUCAUGGUGAUCGGCGCCAUGUUGCUCGUCUACCUCCACCAGGCAGGCUGGUUCCCCUUCAGGCCAGAGAUCCAGAACCCUGGAGCAGGAGAGGCUCCACAAGAGGAGGCCGACCGACAUCGAGACAUGCAGGAGAUGGAACGCAUCAUGGAUGAGGGAAUGGAGGAUGAGGAGGGUGACAGUGGAGAGGAAGGCCUCGAGGAUCAGUUGAACGACGGGCCGCAACAGCCUGGCUUCCUUGCCUCUGCAUGGUCCUUCAUCAGCACGUUUUUCACAUCACUCAUCCCCGAAGGACGCCCACAUGCUGCCAACUAAACCAGAAUCUCUCCACAACCUGUCAGUGCCUGACAGAGUCAGGGGAAACAACAACAACAAAAAACAAUAAACUAAGCAACGUUGACAUUGAUUACACAGUGUGCCAUGUUUCUGGCAAGUCAGUAUUGCUGCUUAAUUUGUGGGGGGGAAAAAAAAAAAAACAACCAAACUUUCACCUGAUCAGUUAGUACUAGAUUUUUUUUUCUUUGAUCAUGUCAGAAGGUUUGGAGAUGGAUUUAAAAGAUUUGUCUUCCAUGUUACUCUAUGAGAGAGACCUUUUCUCCUCUUUUUUUUUUUUUUGGUGUGUUUGCUAUAAGACUGGAUGUUAGACAGAACUAACAGAGCACACCGAAAUCGUGAACAGUGCAAUUGCUUUUCGUUCUCAGUUAACCCAUGGUGUGUAUAUAAACA